AUUCGCUCCUCAGACACAGGCACAUAAUACAGCAGCAGCAGCAGAGAGGCAUGCGAAGAGAGAAAGACAACACACACAUCGCUCGUACAUCGUUGUAUAUAUGUUGUACAGUACGAAAUGACAUCGAACGUCGUAGCCUAACCUUUCGUUUAUGUUUGUAAAGUGAUAUUUUAAUAAACACCGUGUUUAUUAGCAUUGUUUCGUCGUGCGGUGUCUGUGCGUGCGUGCCUGUGCGUUUAUUUUUUAUCGUUAUAUUUUUGAUAUAUACGUUGCACAAAGAAACAACCCUUUGAAAAAAAUGAUAGUGAUGGUGAGCAACAGGCCGAUCGUUGUUGCGUGAUUAACCAGUACCGCAAGUUAUGUUGUGCUCGUCGUUGAUAACAUCGAAUCAACAUCGUCUUGUUCGUCGUCGCAGUCAUCAUGAGCACUCUAAAGUCGACCACGAAUCAGGAGAUCGUCCACGAGGGCUGGCUCAUCAAGUCGCCGCCGACGAACCAUUUUUGGCACGCGAGAUGGAGACAAAGAUGGUUCAUGCUUCGUCACAGCGGAGAAUUGCCAGGUCAAUUCAUGCUGGAAUAUUACACAGAUGAGACGUGUAAAAAGUCAAAAGGCAGAAUUGAUUUGGACCAGUGCGAGCAGGUCGAUGCUGGUCUCAAAUUUACAAAUCGAAAACAAAAGUACAAAUAUAUGUUUAAUUUAAAAACCCCAAAAAGAACUUACUACUUGGUAGCACAAAAUGAGAAUGAUAUGAAUAAAUGGGUGGAUGCGGUUUGUCAAGUAUGUGGAUUGAAAGCUCAAGAAGAAGAUGCUCAGAGCAGGCUGUUUACAUUUGAUGCACAAGAUUCUCCACCUAUUUCACCAGCUAGUACAGUGUCUGGUCCUUACAUACCAAUAAGCGAGUGUAUAACAGGGCGCAGUCUCUUUGAAAUUCAUUCUCUCAAUUCACAUGAUCAAGGUGGAGAACAUUAUGAUGCACCCAGAAAAUUAGCACCUUCUCCACCAAGAUCUCCCACUACAACUGAUGCGGAUAGUGUUUUUACUGAUGAUGAAUCCUCAACUCCGAUUCCUAAUGUGAAUUGGGAAACAUUCCCAUCACCUAACGAACCGAAAGGUGAGAAUAAGUCAAUGGCAAAUAUUAGUGAAGCAGAUGCUAAUUCAUGGAGUGCACAGAAGAGGUUUGGAAAAAUGAAAAUUCGUGAAACUCCUAAUACACCACCCCCUGAAGAAGUUGUAGUACCAACAGCACCUGCACCACCAAGACCACCAAAACCCUCUCAUAUGUUUCUCAAUAAUCCUGGUCAUAAUUAUCUAAAUCUUGAUGGAGCCACAGAGAGUACAAAACCCAUAACUCCAUUAGCAUCAGCACCAUCCACACCAGCUACUGCAAUAGUGACUGAUGAAACUUAUGACUUUCCAAGAUCUCAUCAACCUGAGGCUAUUGAUCCUACCAAUACACUAGGCAGAAGAACGAGACAUUGUUAUACAAAUGCUGCACCAACAAAUGUUACCGAUGAUGGUCAUCGUGUAUUCCGUUACGAUUUUCACGACGACGAACCAUCAAGUCCGCGAUCUGAAUCGUCUGGCACUGCGACUUAUUCCAAUCUGCCAAGUCCAUUAUCCAGAGCUGAAACAGUAUCGACUCUGAUAGCAACUCCAUCGCCAACAACAACGCCUACAUCUUCAGGACCAACUCCACCCGUUGUUUAUAGACAACUCAAACCCGGUCGUAAAACUAGUGAUACCCGAUCGUUGAUAAGUAACGAGCCAUCGCCCGACUUUGAACCACCAAGCAUAAACCGUAAACUGAAACCACCGAAUCACAAAUCCUCACACGAUAUUGGUCCUUUGCAAUCUUUGCAAUUAGCCAACCCUCCGGGACGAGGAAAAUCGAGGAUGAAUCGAAGCCCUACUUUGCAAAACGCACACUCUAAUAGACAUCUAUCGGCAUCCGACGAUGACAAUACCGUCUAUGAACAAGACAAAGAAGAGAUUUAUUAUUUCCAAAACCACAACACUUUUAUACCUGCUUCGUCUUCUCGUAAAUUCAACGACUUACAGUAUCUCGACUUAGAUUUAGAUAAACCAGACAAUUUUAAUAAUGCUAUAUCGCCUGUAUCGCCUCCUAGCUCAACGGUGUACAAAACUGUAGACUUUUUGAAAACAGAAGCCUUUAAUCGUACUAGACAAAAAGUUGAGGAAGAAAGAAAGCAAUGUGCGGACGGUUUGACAUAAGGUAAUUCAUAUAUAUUUAUUAUAUAUAGUAAGUCAAUAACAAAUUUUGUAUAAAGUAUUUUUAUCCGAAAAACCGAGCAGUAUAAUGUUAAGUUCUUCCAAGGAAUUGUAUAUUUUGAUUGUAAUAUUGAAAAUUGAGCUUAUGAAUUUUAUGCAUUUUUUAUUAUGAGGUUGUGUGUAUUUCAGAGAAUGAAAUAAUUAAAAAAUUGUUAUGGAGCAUCGAACUCUAUACAUAAAGAGUUUUGCGGGAAAUAUAUUUUUCCAAAAAAUAUAUAAAAUCAACUUAUACCUCAUAAAUUUAGAAAUAGUUUCAUAUCAAAAUUGAUCAAAUUAAUUCAUUUUGGAAAAUAUUCUCGACAAAACCUGUAUUUUGUAUGGGUGUACAGUUGAAUAGAACUAAAAAUUGGAUGCAUAUCGAUUGUGAGUAGCAAUAUAUCUGAACGGACCAAAAAUGUUGAUUUAAUUAUAAGAAAUGUAUUAUAUACCAUUUUUACUCUGUAAGUGUUUAGGAGUUAUUUUAUUGUAAAGAUGUAGAGUACAAUUAAAUAUUUUUAAUUAAUCAUUUUAAAGUUUCCAAAGAUAUAAUGGAAAUCUAAAUUUCAUAUUGAUUUUAUUAAAACGAAAUAAAAACUGUUAUCAUAUAGCGAACAAAAUUUUUCAUUAUCUUCGUAAAUUUUACGGUUUGUUGUAACACAGUUUACAUUACAGUAGUAUUUAAAGCAUUUAAAGUAAUUUGAUUUGUAAGUUGAUCCUCAUUACAAUUGAAACCUUUUUUUGUUAUCCACUGUUGUGUGUUCGAAUGAAAUUAAAAAUGUUCAACUGCGUUAUUAGCCAUAUUUAUUGAUAUUAUUAUUAGAUUAAAUAUACCGUAGACAAAUUUGGAAAAAAUUGAUAAUAAAAUGAUUCUAUACAUUCGGAUCGUUCUAAAGUAGGUUUUAAAAAAGCAAUUUUAAUUGAAGUUACGAAUAAAUUUCAACUACAAUUAUGAAUCUUGGAGAAAUUGUUAAUUGUGUAAUAAUUUGAUCAUGUGACAAUUGUAGUUUUUGUAUAAAUAAAUUUUUAGAUCUACAUUUAACUUGUAGAUCGAAACUGUAA